AUUAUUAAUAUGUAACCAGAUUAGAUUGAAGAGCAGAAGAAGAAAAUACAAGAAAGUGAACAUAAUGCUAGGAAAAAGGAAAUAGAAUUUCAAUUUAAAAAUGUUUUUGAUGAAGCUAAAAAAAUAUUGAAGAGAGAAUAUUAUGAAAAUGAAAUGAGUGAGAAAUUAUAGAAUUUAUUGGAUUGGAUAGAAGUAAAAAAAUGAAUAAAUGUUAUUUAGAGUGAUAUUAAUAAAUUAUCAGAAAAGAACGAUAGAGACUUUGUUAAAAAAUAUAAAUCAUUUGUGGAAACUUAUAGAAGUGGACUUGUUGAAUUUAAAGAAAUACUAUUGAAUUUAAAAAAGGUUUUAUAAUAAAUUUACACAUUAGAUUGAAGAAAACCGGGAAGAAAUAAAAAAAGUGAAAAUUAAUAGUUUUAAGUAAAAUCCUUAAUCUUUAAAUACCGAAAUUAAAUUUUCAGAGAAAAGACUUUAAAGAAUGAGAGCAGGAGUUAAUUUAAUUUAAGUGUUAGAAGAAUCUUUAGCCAGAAAAUAUUAAGAAACUAUGAAAAAGUCUCUUUAAGUAUAGCCAAUUUAAUAGGAACCUUAAGAAAAAUUAGAUUUAAGUGAAACUGAAAUAUAAAUAUUUUAAGAAUUAGAAAAUGGAUUCAAAAAAGAAAGAAUAUCUUAAAGUCAUGAUAAUUAAGAGAAAGCUAUCUAAAAAUAAAAAGAUAUUUAAAUCUUUGAUUAAGUUGAAAAAGCACUAGAGGAAUAAAAAGAAAAAUAUUAAAUAAUAUUUAAGGAAUUUGAUAAAGGAUUCUAAAAAUAGAAGGUAAAAUGUGAAUCAAUUGUAAAAUCAUCAUAUAAGCCUGUAAAAGGGGAUUUAGAUUUUACUCAUAAAUAUUAAGAAUCAUAUUUUAAGAAUUAUUUCAGAGAAAAAUUCAAAUUAGCAAACUAUUUUCUUGGUGAUUAAUUAAUUAAAUUAUUUUUACAUGAAAAUUAGAAAUAUGUCAAUAAAGUAUUGAAUAAGAAUUCUCAUUCUUCUUAAUAAAAUUCUUUUAAUGAAAAGAAAAUUUAUAACAAAGAAUUAGAUCCAAAAAAUUUUAUUUAAUAAGAGGAUUUAGAGAGUAAUGGGAAAGCAUUGUAAAAAAUACUUAAAAUAAAUGAAGAAAUAUAAAAAGAGUUAUUAUAAGAUGAACACUAAAGAAAUAUUGAGGAAAUGACUAAAAUUGAAAUAUAAAAAAAGUAAGAACAUUGGGAAAAAGUUUUAUAAUAAGAUGAUCAUAGAAAAUCAACUCCAAAUUUAAUAAAAAAAGCAUCAUAAGUUUAAUUAAAGAAAUCAUAGACAGUUGAAAAAAAAACUAUCAAUAUAAAACCUGUUAUUUCAUCUUUAAAAAAAAGAACUAUUUAUUAUUAAGCUCAUCCUAAUUUUCCAUUAAUAAGUGAAGUUUAUAAAUCUCAUUAAAAUGUUCCUGAAGAAAGACUAAAGAAAGCAGCUAUAGGAUAUGAUAUUAUUUAAUAACCUUCAAGAACUUUGUUUACUCCUCCUACUAAUGUUAAUUCAUAAUUAGAUAACAAAACUAAAGUUUUAAAAUUGGAAGAUGAUAUAUAUCCGCAAUAACCAAAUUUAAGAGUACCAAGAACAGCAAUGUAAAAUUUUAGAGGAACAUUCUUUCCUAACUCUCACAACGGUUUAUCUCGCUAAAAUAAUUAAGAUUAUAAAUCACUUACAACAUUGUGGGGAGAAAAAUGGAACAAUUAUUGA